AGCGAGAGCGCUAAAGAAAACCUACUUUGCUCGUAGACAGGGUGGAAACAGUACAAAGCUAUUUAUUGUGGUGAAUGAAUGUGUUUGAAAAACUUGCAAGAAACGGCGAAGGAAUUUAUGCAUAGUAGGUGAUACAGAAAGUAAUAACACCUCUUAUACAUGUAACGUUAAUUAGAAAGUUGGUAAGGCGAUGUUUUUGUUGUACACUAGAACGUCUGUAUGUGUUUGCGCACUAUUACUAGUACUAGAUCUUUACGCAGUUCUUUACCUACUGUUCCUAAAGUGAACGUGAACAUUUGUGCAAAUUAAGGGAUACUCCACCCAAAAAUGAAAAUUCUGUCAUGAAUUAACCCCCCCAGUUGUUCCAAAACGGUAUAUAUUUCGUUGUUCUGUUGAACACAAAGACUUGAGGGUCUGCGCUGGAAAAUUGUAAGAUUUAUCUCACCUCUGGGCAAGCACCAUGGAGGGCUGUCAGAUGUCCUGUUCAUUUUAUGGUUGCAAGAGGACCUACAACAGUCCAGAGGCACUGAGUAGCCAUCUUCAGGACCACAAUAAGAACACUGCCCAAUCUCUCCCUGGGAAAGUUUUCCUGUGCUCUCAAAUAGGAUGUGAUGGUUCGUUUAACAACAUGCAGCAGCUUAUGGAACAUAUGAGACAUCAUUACAAACCAAAUAACUUUUUUUUGUGUGAGAGCUGUCGGGCCAAACUACGUUCGUACCGCACCCUUCUAAAACACCUUCAAACCUGUGCUAAAGUCGCUAAGAACAAGGCUGCAAAGAUAGAGACGGGAAUGGCGCCUGAUGCUGAUGCUGCUGGUGUUCCUCUCACCUCUGAUGACAUUGUGGUUAAGACCGAUCCAGACGACUCAAAGGAGCCAGAGGAUAUGGAGUCUACGCCCACUUUGCCCACACAUCAAACACACAUGCCAGUGACCCAGCAAUCUCCAGAAAACAAUGCAUUCACAAACCUAAACUCUGCUGGCCCUGCGACUCUGUUCCUCUCCACUCUCAGUUCUGCCUCAACCCCAAAUCUUCCAGAGACUCUCUGCAAUCUUUUUCCACCCACUUUGUCUCCUGUUAAUCCAGCCUACCUACCAGAUCCGGGCUUGCAGCAGCAGCGGUCACCCAGGUCUGGUCCUCCCAGUCUGCCCUCUUCACCAUUACUGCCAUCACCUCCAGGAUCAAAUGCGGUCUGGAGGAAGAACCAAGACCCUCCCGGGCCUCUUUUGCACAGAUGGAACUCUCCAAGCAGUCAGAGUUUAAGUAGAGAUGAGAUCCAGGUGAGGCACAGAGAAUCCACACACACAUUCCUUGAGGGAAAAAUCAGAUCUUCCUUUAAAUUCCUUCAAGUGCUUUGGGUGCUAAUCCUUCUCCCCUUCCCUCCUUUAACCGGGGUCAUUGUUUCCCUGGGUGUGCCAUUUAGUUGAACCCUGCAGAUGUGCAAAAUCGAUCCACUCCCAUCCACUCUAAAUGCAUACAUGCAGGGGUGCACUAACAAAUGUAAAGAGAUAUCAGGGAGUGUGCUUUUAGGGCUGUUAUUCCUUUAUUGAUUCCCUUCCCAUCAGCAUUUGCAAAAAUCUGGUGGUCAUUUCUGGCAAAAGAUGGUGUUGAAUCCUAACUCAUUGUGUGUGGAGACAUACCUGCUUUCCCAACACUCUUGUGUCAGUGUUUAUUUGCCUGAACUGGAUUAUGUUGAAUGCUUCUCACUGCGUAAAUAAUAUGUUGUUCUUGGGUGUAUGAGCAGAUGCCAAUGAUUAUCGGGAUGUUCUGUUUCCGCUCGCAUCAAUCAUGCAUUUGUCUGCUUUUUUUUCUUUUAAAAUGUGUCUGUUGUGUGUUGUUGUGUCUGUUCAUAUGUCAAUUCACCGUGAUUUAGUCUCUGUGAAUGUAAACUGAUCUUUAAGUUAUUUUUUAAAAUAUGCCAGGUCAGUCCUUCAACUGUCGCAUCCUGUGGGAACACACCAGAGGAAGAUACAGUUGCCUACAAUGCGGACACUGUACCCCAGACCGGGGGGAGAUGACCGCUCACAUUGAGUGCCAGCA